GAAAUGUUUUUUGUGCCUCACAUCUGUAGUGGGACAGCUGAAUUCUCUUCUCUACCCGUGUUCUGAUAUAUAAAGUGUAAAAUGAUCAUCUUUCUGACCAGGACUUCAUGUUUAAAAAGUGCCACGGCUGUUGUUGAGUGGAGCUUAAACGAGGCUGGCGUGCUCUGAGACACCUUUAUGGGCAAGAAGAUGUGGUAGCUUAGUGGUUAAGGUGUUGGACUACUGAGUUGAAAUCCCAGGUCCACCAAGCUGCCACUGCUUGGAACCUCAGCAAGGCCCUUAAUCAGCAAUUGCUCAGUUGACAUCAGCCAAAUAGAUUAAAUGUGAAGAGGAGACCUGCAGCUUGGACAGGAAGAUGAUGAAGAUGACAGUCCGCAGGAAACAUAACAUUAUUAAAGUGUUCAGCAAAACCAGGACUCUACACAGUGAUGCGUACUGGGAAGAUCACACAUCCCAGAAUGCAUUGCUUCUGGAAGACCACGCCCACCUCACCAUCGGCUCAGAGACUCGAGAGAGGCUUCUCCUACUUUCUACAGACUCACUUAUUGUCACCAAAUCCAAGUCUCUGUAUCUGAAGCUGAAAGCUUGUGUGAGUCUCUCUGACAUUUGGCUCUCUUCCUGUAUACAACGUGUCACAAACAGGAAGUUUAGCAGCGAGACCUCCUUUGUGAUUGGCUGGCCAACAACCAAUUACGUUGUGACAUUGAGUUCUUCAGAAACAAAAGACAAGUGGCUGUGUGCUUUACAGAGGCACAGUGCGAGAGCCAGGAAGUGUUUAAUCCCAAAUCGCAUUAUCCUGAAGGUUCAGCUGUGCGACUCAGUGACUACAGCGGUGAGCGUGGAUGUCAGUUCUACAGCCGAGAGCGUGGUUCAGAGCGUGAUACAGCAGAACACUCUCACGGGCGGAGUCUCAGAAUACCAGCUUUGUGUGCUAAAUGACGGAGAGGAGGAAGUCUACCCACUUAUCGGUCACGAGCUCCCUUUCUGCAUCCUUCUAAACUCGUUGCGAGGUCAGAGGUCACGGCAGAUGCUCGGGAGACACCAAUGGCACAGUGCUGAUGAACUGCAUCUUACUGAGGACACGAACGAGUUGACAACAUCUCGCUUUAUAUUGAAGAGUAGAGCUGCAAUACACACAUACAUCCAUGCAGGUUCUUUAAAGCACAAGAGGAAACAAUCUCUGAUUGGUCGGGCCCUAAGGAAAAGCCAUGGCCAAUCAGAAUCACAGUCUGACCUUCAGCCCGCCUCCAACAAACUCUUUGGCCAAUCACUGGCCUCGGUGUGUUCUGAUGGAAAUCUGCCUAAAGUGAUAAUGGACCUACUGUGUAUGCUGUACCAUCAGGGUCCUGAAACACAUGGAAUAUUCCGGCGCUCUGCGAAUGCUAAGAGCUGCAGGAUCCUGAAGGAGAAGCUGAACGUUGGACAUGAAGUUUCACUCUGUGGAGAAUCAGUGUUUGUUGCAGCGUCUCUCCUCACUGAGUUCCUGCGCAAGUUGCCUGGCAGUGUACUGGGCUGUGAUCUGUAUGAAGAUUGGAUAAAUGUCAUGAAAGCUGUGGAUGAACAGGACAGAUGUUCCUCAGUGAUGAGUGUGCUAUCAAAGGUGCCCAAGGUCAACCGUACACUCCUGUGUUAUGUGUUUGGAGUGCUUCAUCAUAUACACACACACUCAGACAUGAAUCAGAUGACGGCAUCUAAUCUGGCUCUGUGUAUCGCACCUAACAUGCUGUGGAGAGGCACCACCUCAUACCCAGAGCAGGAUAACCAGAGCACACUGGAGGUGGCUGCACUCGUCUGUUUCCUGAUAGAGAACGCUCCCUCCAUCUUUGGGGAUGAAGCAGAAAAGGCUUUUACUGCUCUCUUGAACACAGCACAGGAAAACGAAGACCUCACAGUCGACACACCCCUGCCGCUUCACUCGUCCUCAGAAGAGACAGAUCUGGACUUUCUUCCUUCUCCUGUCCUCUCUCCGGAUCUCGAGCAGUUCCUGUCACUGAACACUCUCUCCUUGAGUGGAAACAGGAACUUGUGCCCCUUUACACUUCCCACAAAAACCAGGGACGGCGGCUACAGCUGCAGUACGCUCGACUUCACGCCAACACACCCGAGCUCGCUCAGCCAAUCGUGGGACAGGUGUCUUUCUGAGCCUUCCAUGAGCUUUGACACGAGGACUCAUUCCCAAGCCCCGCCCCAUCCUCCUAUCAUUCGUCAAUCCAGCUGUGACGGCGUCAUGCACAACAAAAUCACCCGAUCAAAGAGCCCGGUGCUGCAGAGCCGCAGCAAAGCUGCAGGAAAGGGGCGCUAUGCUUUUUGGAAGUCUCCGCAGUUUCCUUCACGUUUCCGUCAUCCGGCUCAGCGAUUGGCCAGCAUGUCCAGUCUGUCUUCAGCGGCAACGUCGUCCCUCAGUUCACUGGAGAGCUUUGAGUGCGCCCCGAGUCCGAACGACGAUAAGUCACUGCCGUUUUUGUUUGGCACUUCGGCCCAACUCCGGCCACUGACUCCGGAGAUGCCGAAGAAGCUGUGGACUAUGGCUUUCACUCAGGAUGAACUAAAAGAUGGAGACACGAUUGGAGAGAGAGAGGAAGAGAAAGAUGGAGGAGCUAAACAUUUGGACGAAAAUGAAGACAAGGGUAAAGCAAAGGAUGGACAAAUGACUGAAGUGGAUGGAGUCAUAAAAGAGGACAGAAGUGGAGUGAUAGAGGAGGGAAAUGGGGGGAUGCAGGCAGAGGAACAUGAUGAAGGAAUCUCACGCCACAUGCUAAUUGAUAAUGAGGACAUGGAGCUGAGGAACAUACAAAGUCCUUCACACACACAUACUUGUCCUCUACACACCACACACACUCGCACACUGCACACACGCUUGCUAACAAUCCCAUCUAAACAGGUCAAAACCAGCAGGAUGAAAAUCUCCUUGUUCCCUAGCAUGGGCUGGAAGAUGUUCAAACAGUCCAUGAAGGUUUCCGCCGAGACGGGAGGAGAGGCGGUUACCAUGGCACAGGUGAACACACCACAAACACUGUUUUACGACCAGAAUGUCAACCUUGUGCUUCAGUCGGAAGGAGGACGAUGUAAGAUUAGCGACGCUGAGGGUGCUUGUACAUGUAAUGAGGUUUUCAUUAGCAAAGAGGCAGAAAAUGAUGAACUUAGCAUUAAUAAAACUGAAAACAGCGUCUCUCUGAGUGACGGUGAAACAGGUACCCAAACUGGAGUUGAUGUUAGCCAAACAGCUAGCAACAUUAGCACCAGUGAUUCCUUUAACCAACGUGCAGCUGACUUUAGCCAGACCGUCCACAGCGUUAGCAUAAAUGCUUCUGCUAGCACAGACAACAAGAUUAGCAUUAAUGUGAAUAAUUCUAUUCAGACCAAUGCUGGAAAUGGAGCUAGAACUCCUGCUACGACUGACUGCAUUGUUAGUAUUAGCAAUAUAGGCUAUGAUGGUGACAGCACACACGUAAUGCAGAGUGCUUCCACUAGCAUGAGCCGUACAGUUAGCAAUAGCAUACUGGACUGCAUUAGUGACAUCAACUCUGUUUCCCAUUGCUCAAGCCCAAGCCAUGGUGUUAGCAUUAACACAGUUAGCCACAGUGUUAGCAUUAAUCCAAGUAAUGCUAAUCAGGAUGCAGAAUCAUCUACCAAAACAUCACUCCGACAAACCAUACGCAUACGGCUACCAGCUACAGUAUGCAGCAGUGUCAGAGCGUACUUUAGCCCCGCCCACACACUUGCACACACACACACAGACACUCAGUGACACAAACACACACACACACACACUCACACACUCACACUCACACUCUGCCCAAGUCCCAGAACAGGCCACAGUUUACUAGCUAACUAUAGUAGCAGAAAGCUGCUUAUCAAUAUGGUGGCGUUCCUUUGUUGUCUGUUAGCAGCUGAUGCUAAGUCAUUUUAGUGUAACAAAAUAUUGUAUAAGUAAUUUUCCAGCAUUUCAGAGGUAAAUGUGGACGUUCUGGAUAUUUCUGAGUCACUUUAACUCUCUCUGUGUCUUUAUAUUGUGUUCAUAUAGAAUAUUUAACAUGUAUGCUAGCUAGUUAAAUAAUUUCUUUCCUGUCUUUCUGUGUCCCAGCUGCCUAGCAACAGUGUUGUCUCAAGUUUAACCAAUUAAAAUGUAUUGUGUUUUUGAAUGAACCUAAAAUUUAUUUGACAAAUAUAAAUAUUUUUGUGAAUAGGGUUAAAAUCUAAAAAAAUAUUAAAUGUAGUUAGCGCUUGUGUGGUGAAGUAAAAGUGGACAAUAAACCUACAGAAUCCUAAGUGUGUGUGAAGCUAAUCACACUGAUGAGUAAUUCACACUUAACAGAUUAACCUUUUUAUAAAUCUGUGUAUAUAAAUGGAACUUUUUGGAUUUUAAUUAAUGUAAUGAUUGCCAAUAGCUUUAUGCUAGCAAACUAGCAGCUGUGUAAACUUGCUAAUGGCUAAGAACCAGAGCCUGCAUUGUACCUGGUCUAGAUUUAACUACUGAGGUUUUAAACACAAGACACUGUAAUGUAUUUAUUUAAUAUUUCAUACAUUUCUGAGGUUUUUUUUUCCAAAAUUGAACUGAUUUAUUCAUCUUGUCUAAACUUGACAUACUUUUUACACCUAAACACAUUUAUGAACACUGCGUGUGAGUGUUUGUGUGUUUGUGCAUGUGUGUGCGUGUGUGUGUAUGUGUGUGCGUGCUUGUGUGUAUGUGUGUGCGUGCUUGUGUGUAUGUGUAUGCGUGCAUGUGUGUGUGUAUGUGUGUGUAUUUGUGUAUGUGUGUAUGUGUGUGUGUAUGUGUGUUUGUGUAUGUGUGUGUGUAUGUGUGUGUGUGUGUGUGUGUAUGUGUGUGUGUAUGUGUGUGUAUGUGUGCUUGUGUAUGUGUGUGUGUGUGUGUGUGUGUGUGUGUGUGUGUGUGUGUAUGUGUGUGUGUGAGUUCUGACAUCAGUGUCUCUCCGUGUAUUUCUCUGUUUAUGAUUUUAUACUUCACAUUUUCACCAAAUCAUUAAAAUUCAUUCUAAUA